CCGGUUCCGGCGGCUGAUUUUGUUGGAAGAUGGCUGUAACGGCGAGCGGUCGGCUGCUGGCGCAGCUGGGCCAGGUCCGCGCCGCGGCUAGGCGGUCGUUCGCCAGCAGCGGCCACGCCGAGGAGGGCUCGGGCCGCAUGUGGAGGACGCUGACCUUCUUUGUGGCGCUCCCGGGGGUGGCGGUCAGCAUGCUCAACGCCUACCUGAAGUCGCGGGAGCAUCACGAGCGGCCCGAAUUCGUCCCCUACCCCCACCUCCGCAUCCGGACCAAGCCCUUCCCAUGGGGAGAUGGAAACCACACUCUGUUUCAUAACCAUCACGUCAAUCCUCUCCCAACUGGGUAUGAGGAUGACUAAAGCAAACUGGGACCAUACUAAUCAAGCACUGGGGGACCACAGCAGCGGUUGGACCAUCCUUCUUUCUAUGUGGAACAGAAAAUUAUAGGGGACCUUCCUUAAGUUCACUUGCACCACAGUGACAAAUAUGCUGACCUUACCAUUUUGCUUGUGAUUGGGACAGCUUAAAUAAAUAAAUCUUACCCUAGACUGGCAA